AAUGUAAAUUUCAAUGUGUGUGGUAUACAAAUAUCCUACAGUAUACCAGAGCCCAAACCACCUUGUGGCUAAUGUGGCCAUAAAACAUAGCCCAGAGUUCUUUUCUUCUGGGUACAAAGGCAUGAGGGUCAGGUUUCAUUCCAUUCUCAGGCCCGUUACCCCACAUACACAAACACUGAGCAGAGAGAAUUUUCUUCACAUGCCACUCCGCUUUGAAAUUCCAGAGGCGGUGUUUCUCGCCCUGCCUCCUCAGCUACAGAUGCAGAGUGAAGCUGUGUUUUUGAGUGAAAGUGUGAAGGAACGUCUGAGGAAUGCGUCGUGUGUGGAUACUGCUAGUUGGGCUUGUCUUGUCGAGUUGCAGCACAGCGCUGUCAGCACGAUCAGGCAAGAACAGACAGCGGUCAAAAACAAGAGAUGAACCUGCGGGCCCCCGGGAGCAUGCUGGAGCAGAAGAAGCUAGAGUACGGGAACAUGGAGGAGCUUCAGAGACAGACUUCUUGUCUGACUUUGCAGGGAAAAAGCGCUUAUGGGUGAUCACUGCCCCAUCGCACAGCGAUGGCUACUUACUAAUGAUGGAGAAACAGAUCCAAGAGUCUGAAGGGCUUAACUGUCGUUUAGCAGAGAGAGACACCCUCAUUGUGACUAUUAUUCAGAAUGCAAUGAUGGAAGGCAAAAUCCAACACACAACCAUGGAAGGACAUUCAACCGAGCAAGCACUGGAUUCAGACAUCGUGACAAAAAUGCUUCAUUACCUCGAGCUGGAACACCAGACUUUUUCCAUGUUGAUCCUCAAAAAAAACCUGAAGGUUGGAGAGAGAUUUCCUUACCCGGUGCGUGUGGAGGCUGUUUUGGAGGUUAUCGAUAACCUUCCUGCACGCAAGCUGGAAAGAGUUGCAAGGAAAGGGUCACAUCUGAGAUGUAAGAUCACUAAGAAGAGGUUAAUAGUGAAAUCGAAUGGUGGCACGAAAGGAAAGCUUAUCAGUGCUCACAAACAGGGAAACGUUACUUCUGUUUCUCCGUCACCGAGACAAACUGUGGACAAAAAAGCAGCCAUCAGAAGCAAGAUUCAGGAUAUUCUCAGUGGACGCUCCAGAUUUGUAAUCCGUAAAACCCCAGUGAAUCCUGGCAGUGACAAGGCCAGCUCGAAUCUCAAAACAGGGCAGAAUGAGGAGGUGACGCUCAAGCUUGCCCGUCGAACAGAAAGCAGCGAAGGUGCAAGAGAGAAGACGGCAUCAAGAGUACAGAAUGAAUACAGUGAUAAUGGGAAGAGCGAAACGAGUCCAAACACAGAGAAUAAAGAAGAGAAAACAGGUGACCAGACCAAAAAAAAGGGCAAGGGAAAGAAGGAUAAGGAGAAAAAGAAAAAGGGCAAAAGAGGAGGGAAGAAGUCACAACGAGAGGCGAACAGUAAAGACAAAAGAGCUCUCAAAGAGUUUAUGGAAAAGCUCAAGAGUCAGAGAAGACUUCUUGUAAUUUCUUCUCCCAGUGAGGUCUCAAGCCAGUAUAUCCGACAGAGAGAUGAUAAUGAGCUCCACAGCUGUGACUUGGCUUUACGGAAAAUUACAGUUCUGUCUAUCCUGGGCUCAGAGCACAACCCCACUCUACGAUUGCAGCACUAUCAAUCAGAUGGAGAUCCUCGACUUGGUUCACUUCCAUACAACAUCAAAAAUCCUGACGUCAUCAGUCAAAUCCGCAAAGAAUACGGGCUUGUGUCUACACAAUUCUCUAUGGCGGUGACGGACUACGACCUGAGACCUAACCUUGGAAAAGUGUUUAAUUCACCAACAGCCCCAUUAGACAUUAUAAACUACAUCGACACCUUCCAAUCUCGGUGGUCGGAAGAGGUAGAAGAGAAGGACACUUUAUCACCCUGUUCUCCAUCUGAGGCUGGUUCUCAGGCUGAGAACUCCUUACUCAGGUUUAUGUCCAAAAGAAGGCUUUUGAUCAUUUCAGCUCCCACUGAGGAUGACUAUUCCUUUCAUCAGCAGAUUCAAGCUCUUAAUGGACAGGAGUGCCACAUGGGUAUCCGUCACUUUGCUUUGCUGAAGCUUGUGGGAAAAGGAUCAGAAGCAUCAGGCACUGUUGAGCUAUUUCCAUUAAAUGGCAAAAGUCAGACUGAAAAGGAGCUGCUGUCUACUGAAGUGGUGAGGAACCUGAGAGACCAGCUGAAGAUCACUACGGAUUACUUCAGCAUGCUGGUGGUGGGGAAAGAUGGAGAGGUCAAAGCCUGGUAUCCAACGCCAAUGUGGACUUUGUCCAAUAUCUAUGACUUAGUGGACUCUAUGGAGUUGCGCCAGCAGGAACAGAAGCUUCAGCUGACCCUCGGUAUUCACUGCCCCGAAGACAGUGGUGGAGCUGGGGGUGGUACUUACCAUGGAUAUACAACAGAGACAGAGGACAGCUAUAUGUAUCGUCAACCUGAUGACUGACUGUACAAUUACAUUCAGGGACAUGCAAAUCUGAGAUGGUCAGGGACAUCAUGAGGAAAUGCUAGGUAGCAUGUGAUAUUUGUAUAUACAGUACAUAUCCAUUGCAAAAACAAAAGUUACUGCUUCUUUCCAACUUAUUAUAGGCUAAAUUAUAUCUAACAUCGAAUAUAAAUAUCACAUUUCAUGAUUUCAUCUCUAAAACUGUUCUACCUGAAAAUCAUGUUUUCAGAACUUUUAUAUGCUGCUAUUAAAAAUAUAUACUGUAUGUGUUCUAACUAA